UCAGCGUCGAGAUGUUGCUCCCUCACUCCAGCAUGGCCGCUCCGUUUACUAAGUCGCACGGCAUGAGAGGACACGGGAUGCAGUGAUGCAACUUGACCGACAAAAUUGUUUUGUGUCUUAAUAUUAGUGUAUGUUGCUGCCAAACGUAGAGGACGUAGCAGUUUAUGAACACAACAUACUUUUAGUUCGCCAUGUUUCGCCAGACAAAGACGGUGCUCGCGAAACUUCAAAAUGUUCGUUUAAAGGGCUUGCAUCUGUCAUGGAGACGGAGGAGUACUGCAGCAGCAGCAGCAGCAGCAGCAGGAGAGAAGGCUCAUCAAUACACAGCAGGCCAACAAAUUCACGGAUUUACAGUUAAAGAGGUUGUGGCAGUCCCCGAGUUGUUCCUCACGGCCAUCAAGUUGACUCACGACAGAACAGGAGCUCAGUACCUGCAUGCUGCAAGGGAUGAUCCCAACAAUCUAUUCAGCGUGCAGUUUCGGACCACCCCCAUGGACAGCACGGGGGUCCCUCACAUCCUGGAGCACACGGUGCUGUGCGGGUCCCAGAAGUAUCCGUGCAGAGACCCUUUUUUCAAAAUGCUCAACAGGUCACUGUGCACCUUCAUGAACGCCUUCACAGCCAGCGACUACACCAUGUAUCCAUUCUCCACGCAGAACGCAAAAGACUUCCAGAAUCUUCUGUCGGUCUACCUGGACGCCGUGUUCUUCCCGUGCUUACGGGAGCAGGACUUCUGGCAGGAGGGCUGGAGGCUGGAGAACGAAGACCCUGCCGACGCCAGCUCGCCUCUUGUCUUCAAAGGUGUGGUCUUCAAUGAGAUGAAAGGAGCCUUUUCAGACAACGAGCGCCUAUAUGCUCAGCACCUCCAGAACAAACUUUAUCCGGACCACACGUACUCUGUGGUAUCCGGCGGAGAGCCGCUGGCCAUCCCUGACCUCACCUGGGAGCAGCUCAAGGAUUUCCACGCCACGCACUACCACCCCAGCAAUGCCAGGUUCUUCACGUACGGCGACCUUCCUCUGGAGCAACACUUGAAGCAGAUUGACCAGGAAGCGCUCUCCAAAUUUGAACGUAUCCAGACCAACACCCGCGUCCCGUCUCAGCCGCCCUGGGCCAGUCCGAGAGAAGAGCGCGUGACGUGCAGUCCCGACGCGAUGGCUCCCGACGCCGCGCGACAGAGCACGCUGUGUGUCAGCUACAAGCUGGGAGACAUCACCGACACCUUCGAAGCCUUCACCCUCAGCCUGCUGUCUGCUCUGAUGACAUCUGGUCCCAACGCUCCCUUCUACAAAGCUCUCAUCGAACCCAAAAUCGGAACGGACUUCUCCUCGGUGGUCGGAUACGACGGCAGCACCAAGGAGGCGUCCUUCAGCAUCGGCCUGCAGGGCAUCGCCGAGUGCGACGCCGACAAAGUCAAGAACAUCAUCCGCCAAACCGUGGACAGCAUUAUCGAGAGCGGCUUUGAGGACGAGAGGAUCGAGGCGCUCCUGCACAAGACGGAGAUCCAAAUGAAGCACCAGUCCAGCAACUUUGGCCUCGCUUUGGCCUCGUAUAUAGCGUCUUCCUGGAACCACGACGGCGACCCAGUGGACCUCCUACAGAUCAACAAUAGCAUCCGCGAAUUUCGACGAGCCCUGCAGGAGAACCCGCGUUUCCUCCAGGACAAAGUCCAGCACUACUUGAAGGAGAACAGCCACCGACUCACGCUCUCCAUGAGUCCCGACGACUCCUACCUGGACAAGCAGGUCUCGGCCGAGGAGCGCAAACUCCGGGAGAAGAUCGCCGCGCUGUCUGAUAGCGACAAGAAGGACAUUUAUGAGAAAGGUCUUCAGCUACUGGCAGCUCAAAGCAAGACACAGGACGCUUCAUGCCUGCCCACGCUCAAAGUGUCGGACAUCGCGCCCACCCUUGCCGUCACGCCUCUGCACAUGACCAAAGCGGGUGGUGUUCCGCUUCAGCUGUGUGAGCAGCCCACCAACGGCUUGGUGUAUUUCCGGGCCAUGUGCAGCCUCAACACGCUGCCAGAGGACCUUAAGCUUUAUGUGCCGCUCUUCUGCAGCGUCAUCACCAAGAUGGGCUGUGGCUCUCUGGACUACCGGCAGCAAGCUCAGCAGAUGGAGCUGAAGACGGGCGACAUGUCCGUGUCCCCUCAGGUCAUCCCCGACUGCGCCCACAUGGACGUGUUUGAGCAGGGAGUCCUCCUGUCCUCCUCCUGCUUGGAGAGGAACCUCGCCGACAUGUUGCAGCUGUGGGCGGAGAUUUUCAACAGCCCUCGCUUUGACGACCCGGAGCGCUUGCGGGUGCUGGUGAUGAUGUCCGCGCAAGAGCUGGCCAACGGGAUCUCCGACGCCGGCCACAUCUACGCCAUGACACGGGCCGGACACCUUCUGACGCCAGCCGGAGAACUCCUCGAAACCUUUGACGGGAUGGACCAGGUGAAGUUCAUGAAGAGGAUAGCCGAGAUGUCGGACCUGACCCCGGUCCUCCGCACGCUGCCCAGGAUCAAGAAGCACCUUCUCAACCCUGAAAAUAUGAGGUGUGCCGUCAACGCCACGCCCCAGGGGGCGUCCGAGUCAGUGCUCCACCUGGAGAACUUCAUGACGGACGUGGCCGACAAGAGGAAGCGCUUCAAAGCCGUGCGACCAAACGUCAUCCAGAGGCCGCUAGAUGUCGACAACAUCUCUGGAGCCUGCAAGACACUCGUGGCUGAUUCGAAUUUCCAGCCUUGUCACAUGAAGACUUUCUUCCAGCUGCCAUUUCCUGUCAACUUUGUCAGCGAGUCCAUCCGCACUGUCCCCUACAGCCACAAAGACUAUGCCAGCCUCUGCGUGUUGGCAAGGAUGAUGACGGCCAAGUUUCUCCACGGUGAGAUCCGAGAGAAGGGUGGAGCCUACGGGGGUGGAGCCAAAAUGGCUGGAGGCGGCCUCUUCUCAUUUUACUCUUACAGGGAUCCAAACUCGGUCCAGACGUUGUCCGCCUUCGGCAAGGGUGUCGACUGGGCCAAGUCGAGCAGGUUCACCCAGCAGGACAUCGACGAAGCCAAACUGUCCAUCUUCUCCGCCGUCGACUCGCCUGUGGCACCCUCCAGCAAAGGGAUGUCCGUAUUCCUGAGCGGAAUCACAGACGAAAUGAAGCAGCGGCACCGCGAACGACUCGUCCAUGUCACCCGGGAAAACCUACUGGACGUAGCUGAGAGGUACCUGACCCUCGGCAGCAAGACGUACGGCGUUUCCAUCUUGGGCCCAGAGAACGACGCCAUCAAGAAAGAUCCGUCCUGGGUGGUCAAAUAAACCACAAAGUCACAAAAUAUGCCAAACCAUCUUGUACAUAUUGAAGUAACGAGACAAAGGGUAAAGUUAUCAUAGUUGGAAUAGAAAAUUGCUGCUGGUGGCUGAAGUGACAUAUUUUUGAAAUGCAAUGUUUGUCGCUAGACAGCAAGGCUGAACAAAGUUGCAGAGGAAACGCGUUUGAGGUAAUAUUGAUGUAACCAGACAAAUAAUGUUAUCAUGUUGGAAUAAAAAAUUGCAAACUA